GCGCCCACCAUGGUGCGAUGCGACCGCGGGCUGCAGAUGCUGCUGACCACGGCCGGAGCCUUCGCCGCCUUCUCGCUCAUGGCCAUCGCCAUCGGCACCGACUACUGGCUCUACUCCAGCGCGCACAUCUGCAACGGCACCAACCUGACCAUGGACGACGGGCCCCCGCCCCGCCGCGCCCGCGGCGACCUCACCCACUCGGGGCUGUGGCGGGUGUGCUGCAUCGAAGGGAUCUACAAAGGACACUGCUUCCGGAUCAACCACUUCCCUGAGGACAAUGACUACGACCACGACAGCUCGGAAUAUCUCCUCCGCGUCGUGCGAGCCUCCAGCGUCUUCCCCAUCCUCAGCACCAUCCUGCUCCUGCUCGGAGGGCUGUGCAUCGGCGCCGGCAGGAUCUACAGCCGCAAGAACAACAUCGUCCUCAGCGCCGGCAUCCUCUUUGUGGCUGCAGGCCUCAGUAACAUCAUAGGCAUCAUCGUCUACAUUUCCAGCAACACGGGCGACCCAAGUGACAAGCGAGACGAAGACAAAAAGAACCAUUACAACUACGGCUGGUCUUUUUACUUUGGAGCCCUGUCUUUUAUCGUGGCCGAGACCGUGGGCGUCCUGGCAGUAAACAUUUACAUUGAGAAAAACAAAGAGUUGAGGUUUAAGACCAAACGGGAGUUCCUUAAGGCUUCUUCCUCUUCUCCGUACGCCAGGAUGCCGAGCUACAGGUACCGGCGACGGCGCUCCAGGUCCAGCUCCAGGUCCACCGAGGCCUCGCCGUCCAGGGAUGCGUCCCCCGUGGGCCUGAAGAUCACCGGGGCCAUCCCCAUGGGGGAGCUGUCCAUGUACACGCUGUCCAGGGAGCCCCUGAAGGUGACCACCGCUGCCAGCUACAGCCCCGACCAGGAGACCAGCUUCCUGCAGGUGCACGACUUCUUCCAGCAGGACCUGAAGGAAGGCUUCCACGUCAGCAUGCUGAACCGGCGGACGACCCCUGUGUGAGGCCCACCCCUGCUUGCAGCUCCGGCCUGCCCAGAAUGCCUCUUUGUGUCACACAGGAGGGCACGUGAUCCUUACGACGGACGGACAAUGAACUCGAGCCGAACGCGGCCCUCCCUGGUCUCCAGAAGGUGUCGUGGGCUGGCUCCGAGCGGAGGAAGUGCCAGCAGACUGGACUUGGGGCUGCGGUAGAAGCUGGAGGCUGACUUUAUCCCAAAAGUUGGGGGGGUGAUGCCCCAGGGUUUCCGAAAUCUCCCAGGAGGCCCGAGAGCCUUCCUGAAGCUGCAUGGCCUUGACCAACUCGGGAAAACAAAAUCGAGCCAUUAUCUCCUCUUGGAAACAAAUUUUGCCAGAAGAACGGGAUUCCUGGGCCACCGGAAGGCUUCGCCAGGCACAAGGGGGCCUCUGGACUCUUGUCAGCUGCUUUUGAACCUGAAGUUCCUGUGUCUUUGAGCCAGAAAUGAGGACACCGAAGCUCGCCCCUCCGCCCGGUCUCUCCCCCUGUCUGGCACCCUGGCCGUGGCCUGUGGUUGAAAACGGUCGUCCUGAAGAGAAGGUUCUGCAGCCAACUGGUGCUUCAGCCUCUGCGCUGUCCUGGGGCUGCUUCCCGCGGGACUGCGGAGGAGUCUGAGGUGAAGGCUGGGGGCUGUUGCUGGCUCUCCUGUCUGCUUCUGGAAGUUUCCACCUCACUCAGCAUGGACAGGACAGACACACUGACUGGGCUUGAGAGUCGGAGGAGAGGCAGCCACGUGGCCUCUUGCUGUGUCUGUCCCCACUGACCUGAGGAGCAGCCCUGUCCCCUGAGGGGGGGGUCCCAGGGUAGGGGGGACAGACCCCUGACGAGCGUUUGGCCACAGUGCAACAGGGGGAGAGCCAAGGGUGAACAGCAACCCCUCCAAAAAAUUAGAGAACAAACAUCCAUUCCCUGGGUGAUUCUGAAUCGUGAUUUAUUGCAAGUCCCCGCCAGGAGAGCAAGUUGCAUUCACGUCCUCAUCUUAAAAACUUUAGCAGCGACACGUCCUCCACCUCCUAUUAUUGUAAUUUAUUCUGCCACCACCUAAUGGGACGCAGCGGAGGAAGUUUGGAUGAAAGGACCGAGCUGGGCUUUUCUUCCUCCCCCAAAAGGGAAAUCUCAGCACUUUGUUCAGAAUUGAGGAAGUGGGUUCUGUGUUUUACAGUUUUUCCACCCAUUUUUUUUGUUGUUGUUGUUGUCCCCUCUGGAAACAAGCAAAGAGCGUGGAAAUGCGUCCAGGUUUGGAAGAAAAACUCUCUGGAACAUGGAACUUACCCUCUUUUAUAUAAAACAUGCUUUCUAAAGAUAAAUCAUUUCUUACUUUUUGAGACUUCUUGAUCAGACCUUGGACAGUCGUCUGUGAUCCCGGUAGCUGUCGUACUUAAGAAGUGACGAGCAAAUUCUUACCUCAGCCACCUGCUCACGGAGCCCGUGGGUGGACUCGGCCCCUAGGAGUUCAGACCGGGGUCCACGUGGCCUGGUAACGACGUCAUCGUCCUUCCCACCCUCCUUCACCCCCAGGCGAGGACACGUCCACGUGUGGCGGCCCCUGCGAGCCGGUGAGCUGAGACGAGAGGCACCGGGCCCCUCCAUGCCUGCUGCAGGCCCUGGCUCCGCCGCGGAUGGCUCUGUGGGGGGCGCGUCCGAGCACGCAAGUGGCAGGGCUCGUGGGCUGUCCCUGCCGUCGGCCAACCCCGUCCCCACCACCACCUCCACGCCAUGACACAGUGUGACCAGGCUGAGGGAAGGGAGCGCCACCCGCAGACCCCUGGCCCGGCGAGGCCCCGCGACGCAUCCCCUGUUCCCUCCACGGGCAAGGCAGCCUUGCUGUUUGGUUUCGUCCCCACACCCCGCUCCUCACCCGCUGUCCCGGAAGUCUCCGCCAUUCCACGGAGAGAGCUGUGUUCCAGUGAAUCCUACCUCUUGCCCAGUCCCAGGCAGAGAACGCAGGGCCCACUCUGGGCACCGAGGAAGAGGAGGAAGACGAGGAGGAAGAGCAGGAGCACAACCACCUCAGACGCUCGGGCCUUCGCAGCCUGUCCCCUCGCCCGCCUGUCUCAGGGGCCCCGGGCUCUGGGUCGCCCCCUCUUCCCGCUGCCCCUCAGACCUGGCACAUUGCGCCCCUGGGGAGUGGUGGCCUGUGCCCGCCUCCUGUCCCUCUGCCCCGCCCCUGUGUGUUUCGCAGUUAAGCACCUGUGACUCCUGUACCUACUACUGGUUUUGGGUUGUUAGUUCUGUCUUUUUUUAAAUUAAAUAAAAACAUUUUUAAAA